GGCUUGUAGAAACAAGCGGGGAGAGCAACAACCUCCCUGAGUGCCAGACCUGACCUAUCCUUUCUCCCUCCCGUGGCAAUCCCAUGUCAGCAGCCAAAUCAAGCCAACCCAUAGCCACCGGAAGAUGAGAGCUCCAGCUCCUCCUCUUCCCGCACUGCUCUCCCGCUCCUGCUCCUCGGCCCCGCGCCUCCUCCUCUCCUCUUCCCCCCGCGCGCCGCCCGCCCGCCGCCCGCCUCGGGCCGUCGCCCGCUCCGUCUCCGUCUCCGUCGAGGCGCCGGCGGCCUCAGCGGAGCCGGCGGUCGCGGGCGGGCCCUCCACGACGCCGCGCCGCCGCCUCAUCCUCCUCCGCCACGGGGAGAGCGCCGCCGGGGGACGCUCCACCAGAGAUCAUGACAGACCUCUAAGCAAGGCUGGGAGAGCUGACGCAAUCAGCGUUUCUAAUAAACUCCAACAGAUGGGGUGGAUACCCGAGCUUAUCCUGUGCAGUGAUGCAAUGCGCACAAAGGAAACUCUUAAGAUCCUGCAAGAACAUGUUCAGGGAUUGUCUCAAGCAGUGGUACACUUCAUCCCAAGUUUCUACUCAAUUGCAGCGAUGGAUGGCCAAACUGCAGAGCAUUUACAAAAGGCAAUCUGUGAAUAUUCGAGCGACGAGAUAUUAACCGUCAUGUGCAUGGGUCAUAAUAAAGGAUGGGAGGAAGCAGCCUCUAUGUUUUCUGGUGAUUCAGUUGUUCUUGAGACAUGUAAUGCGGCGCUGCUAGAAGCUGCAGGGAAAUCAUGGGUUGAGGCUUUUUCUCUGGCUGGUCUUGGGGGAUGGAAGCUUCAUGGAAUUGUAAAGCCAUGAAUUGUUGUAACUAAAAGGGAGAUGUAAUUUUUGUAGCUUAAUUCUGAUUUUGCCCCGUGGCCUGUAUGUAGCUCUUUUCUUACAUGUCACUGAAGGUAUUAACGUGGAUAGAUAGAUGAGAUUAAUGCAUUUUUCCACGGUCCA